UGAUAAGUUACCGUGUUUUUUCGCAAACAAAAUUUGCCUUGUUUUGUUUACUUUGGUUACAAGUGUUAGCAAGCACUAUUUUUUAAUUAUUUAUUGCAUGUUACAUUUCGAGGAGGUGGUGUUUUUCAAAUCCUCAAGUAAAGGCACGCGCAGGGCUCCAGCGAGGCUUUAAAGCCGUGGAGGGAAUAUUCCAUGCACCGUGGAGUGGUUGAAAGGCGAGCCGGAAGCUGUGCUUGCUACACACUCACGCGCUUGACACGCUGGACUCACCAGCCCGCGACGAGCUAGGCGAAGAUCUCCGACCCAGUCGCAGUGCAGAUGGUGGUCGCUUGAGGAGCGGAGACUGGAAUCGCCCACAUAAAAGGGAGCAGCAGAAGCCGUGGGUUUGUUUUAUGUGUCUCCCCGCUCCAGCACUGAGCCGUGUCAGGGGAAAAGGGUGGCAACCAGCGGCGGACGGAAGAGGACGCACCACAGCCGGAGCGCACAGUGUUGUGUUUGUUGGACACAUGCAUGCCAGCGAAAACUAGUGCCCAGACCUGAGGAAUGAUCAGGAGACAGCACUGCUGCGAGCCUGCGCUUUUAAUAAGGAAAUAUCCAGCGGGCUUCCUUAAUUGCUCUGGGGACUUUUACUGAUGGGCUCCGGGGGAAUGCGAGGAGAGGAAACACAGCCACUGGGCUGUUGUAAGUGGGUAUCCUCUCCAGACGCAGGAAAUACGGCCUGGGAAAAGUUUUGAAGCUAUUGGAAAGCAGAGGGGGCCUAUCACGGACGCGUUGAAUGCGUUUUACUACUUUUUGUGUCAAGCGCCAUUGUUAUUGCCUAAAAUAAGUUGAGGAAAAUCAUUGAAACGUUGCACGGCGUUUGUGGCGUUAUUGCUGUUAAGAGUUUUGAUCAUCACUAUUUAUAGACCAGCCCGUUCCAACCGAGGCUGUUCCUCAUAGCUGCAUGUUUUGCCAACUGCGCGCAACAAGUUGCAGACACUCCCGGCAGAGGCAAACCUGCGUUGUUUUGUUUUUAUUUUUAUUUUUUAUUUUUUGCAUCUCUUUUCGGGUUACGCGGCGUCCAAGUUCGCUUCCCCCUGCCCGACCUAUUUGACAGGCAUUAAAGGUGGAGAUCCGGAGAGGGAGUCCAGGAAAGGACGGGGCUGGAUACGUGGGAAUAGGCCUGUCUGCCAGGCCUCUAGGAUCUGAAACCUUGGACUGGAUUGGGAUCUAAAAUAACUUCGUCUGGAACAUUUGCUGGAAUAAAGAUGGGAGUAAAAUGUAUUGGAAGAAGACAUGCAAAUGCUUAGCACACUGAGGCAUACGGGAAAAGGAAUGUAAUGUAAGGUAACGGUGGUUUAUUACAGAUCAACCACUUUUUUUAUUUUAUUUUGAUUUGAAUUAAAUGUCUAAAGAUUUUAGGAUGGUCUAAUUUUUGCGAAACAUUCAAAACGUAGCUCACAAUCAUAUCAAGUCAGAACUGACUAAAUAGUUUGUUGCCAGUUUUUUGGAAAUAUAAAUAUUUUUGGUAUAUGCACAAAUAUAUAUACAUAUUAUUAGAAAUUCCUAACGUCCACAUUAUUGUUUUUGCCACAGCUUCUGACACGUUUGGAUUUUAAAAGAGAAAUCAAGUUUCAUUUUUGUUAUGGAGAUAAAAGGGAAACCGUAACUUUUGGAGCCACUUGCUGUGCACAACACUGUUGACAGGCUCUGUAGCCGAUCUGCUCAUACAAUGCAGCUCUGGACCCUCCCGCAGUUUUUCCACAUAGACGACGUUGUGCCGGAGUGAAAAAAAAUCUGUGUAUUUUCCCCAAUGACUUUGUAAUGUCAGCGCCAUCAGUAUAUUGCGCACAACCAGAGGAGGCAAUUUCCAGUCAUGUAACGUCAGGGCCGACUUGAUGAAGGCAUAAAAGACUGUUGCAUCUAUAACCAGUCCUUUCCGAGAAGGAUGUCCAAUACAGCAGACAGGAAGAGUGAUGACAGUAUUAACACAGCCGAAGAGAAAGCCGGGCUCCAACCCACAGCCUCUUUGGACAAGGAUUCACGUAAUGUGAGUACUGACGCAAACCCAGGGUUGGAUAAUGAACUGCUUAAGAAACUGGAACGGCACGUCUUGUGUGAGUGAGUGUGCAGACUCCUGUGUGCGUAGAAACGACGUCUGUGGCGAGCUCACCAUUCAUGCAGUGUGAAUAUUCCAGCAUACACCUCUCGGUCUCUCUGUCGCUGCCUCUCCGAGCCACAUGUGCGCACACGGCGCCCACGUGACGUGUCUCGUCGCCUGAGCGCCGUCAGACGAUUAUAUUCAUCAUCAUCAUCAUCAUCUCUCCUGCGCUCCUCGCCCCCGCGUCAAGACACUCAACAUGGUCACGCUGCAACAUCACCGCCAGCUUCCAAUGCAUGGCACGGAAGUGAGCUGUGGCGCCAGAGGGGACGGUGCCGUGAGCGUGCGGAUUACAAACAGCAAGCCACACGUGAAUCGACCCGAGUCACUGAGGACCGGCAAUAGUGGAGCAGGAGGCGGAGGAUCCGGAGACUGUGGCGCUGUAAGUAAGACCAACCCGAACCUCCACAAAUAUAGUAUCUCGUCCAGCUGCAGCUCAGCAGACUCCAGAAUAGCAGUGACCUCCCCUCUGAGGGUGCACAGGAAGGCGCCGCCGCUGUUUGAGCGCUCUGCCACGCAGUGCUGGGACCCCAAGUUCGACUCCCGGAUCCUGGAGGAGGCAUGCCAGGACAGGUGCUUUCCCCAGACGCAGCGGCGCUUCCGCUUCGUCCUGUUCUACCUUGCAGUGGCAGCCGUGCUCUGGGGAGUGUACUUCGGGAUGAGCCGCGAUCGCUGCAACCUUAUCAACUUCCUGGUCCCCACGGCCUCCUUUUUGAUCUUUUUAGUGCUCCUCUUUUUGUUCACCUUCACCCAGGCUUAUACAAGACUGUACAACCAGACCUCUCUGCUCCUGAUAGCCAUCACAUUUGCCAUUACUUUAGUCCCACAGAUAGAGACUGCUGGCUACACUGGGCUCGAGUGGGAUGGUGGUGGGAAUGCGUCAGACAAAGUAGUAUCAACCCCUUGCAUUUCCCCAGUAGGCACAUUUUCUCUGUGCAUGGAGGUUCUGUUGUUACUAUACAGUGUCCUCCAUGUUCGUUUAUAUGCUUCAGUGAUGCUGGGAUUUUUGUACUCUAUAAUUUUUGAGGCAUUAGGAUGGCUACCGUUGUUUCAAAGAAGUUAUGACACUACUGCUUCAGGGAUAGGGCUGGUGGGGUCAAGCUCUAAUGGAGAAGGAGACACCCUCCACUGGCUGGGCCCAGCCAAAGCCCUGCUACACUUGUGUGCCCAUGUCAUUGGCAUCCACCUGUUCAUCAUGUCAGAGGCGCGUUCCCGCAGUACCUUCCUCAAAUUGGGCCAAGCUAUCAUGCACGGUAAAGACUUGGAGGUAGAGAAGGCCUUGAAGGAACGUAUGAUUCACUCGGUCAUGCCACGGCGAGUUGCGGACGAGCUGAUGAAGCAGGGUGAUGAUGAGGGCAGCGGUGAAAGCUCUAGCAAGCGUUAUUCCGCUGGUGCUUGCUCGGCCUCAGCUGUGUCAGCAGCAGGUGGAGCGGGCGGUGCAGCAUCACAGGCCCAAAGUGCCACAAGCCCCAAGAAUCACGUUCACAACAAUCACAAACGCAAGAAGACUUCCAUCCCGCGUGCACAAUUAAUAUUCAGGCCAUUCAACAUGAAACGUAUGGAUCCCGUCAGCAUCCUCUUUGCAGAUAUUGUGGGUUUCACUAAAAUGUCUGCCAAUAAAUCUGCACCUGCUUUGGUGGGUCUUUUAAAUGACUUGUUUGGACGUUUUGACAGACUGUGUGAACUGACCUAUUGUGAGAAGAUCAGCACUCUGGGUGAUUGUUACUACUGUGUGGCAGGCUGCCCUGAGCCCAGACCGGACCACGCGUACUGCUGUGUAGAGAUGGGCCUGGGAAUGAUCCAAGCAAUUGAACAGUUUUGCCAAGAGACAUGCGAGACCGUCAACAUGCGUGUCGGUGUCCAUACAGGCACCGUCCUGUGUGGAAUCCUGGGAAUUAAGCGUUUCAAGUUUGAUGUGUGGUCAAAUGAUGUCAACCUGGCAAACUUGAUGGAGCAGCUGGGCGUAGCAGGCAAGGUGCAUCUGUCUGAAGCCACUGCCCAAUUCCUGGAUGAUCGUUACCAGAGGGAGGAUGGACAAGUGGCAGAAAGAGCUGGGCAGAGUGUGGUGGAGAAACUCAAGGGGUUAAGGACUUACCUGAUCUCAGGGAGGAAGCUAAAUUAUGAUGAACAGUGGGGCUGUGCUCAGAUGGGACUGCCAAGUGGGGAUUUUGUUGGGGACGGCCUGUUGUCCUGUCCUCAGCCCCACUCACCAGACCUCACCCCUGACGGAACACAGGUUGCUGAGCCUCUGUUGCCCCAGCAACCACCAGACAGGACUGUGGUAAGAGUAAAGUCGUCUUGUGUGUCUCAAAGUGCAGUCUUGUCUUCGGGAGCAGAACUGGGUGAUGACGUGGCUGUGCUGAAUGGCUGCCAAGAAGAUCACAAGAGCAGCAGUGCCAAGUUCAUUCCUGGUCAGUGCCCCAGGGCGGCAAACGGUCUUCUCAGUCCCCCACUGGAUGACCUAGUGCGUGCAAGCCAGAGCUCCCUGUGUGACAUGCUCCAGGAUAAAGAGAAGAAAACCAGCACUAGCACGGGGACUGGCACUAGUCUGGGCAUGGCCAGUGGUAGAGUAGCAGCGGGGAAAGGAAUGGACCACUCUGCCCUGAUCCAGCUGCGUGCCAAGAACUUCAGACAACAGAGUGAUGCCCACUUUGUGGAUGUUAUCAGAGAGAACAGUCUGAUGAAGGACUACAUUUUUAAGCCACCUAUCAACAAGAUCAGCCUCAAUUUCCUAGAGGGACCUUUGGAAAAGGCUUAUCGCAGCAGCUACAAGGAGGAGGUAAAAAACCGGGCUCAGGUGCAGACCUUUGCAAGCUCCACAUUCAGCUCUUUCCUGGAUGUUUUCCUUGGCUGUUUCGUCUACCUGGCCCUGACUCUGGCCUGCUUCCUUCCAUCCAUGGUAAGCCCAUUCACUGCGGUCCUUCCCACUCCGGCUGCCCUGGCCGUGGCUCUCUUGGCUGGUCUAUUGGAGCUGGCCUCUCUGGUGCUGUCCAUACGUAUGGCCUUCUGUCUGGAGGAGGUGAUGAACUGUACUCGCUCUUUGCUCCUUGUAGUCUCUGACUGGGUUCCCCGUCAUGUGAUUGGGGCUGUGUUAAUUUCGCUUCCUGCAGUCUCCGUCUUGUCCCACCUUAGUUGCAGUAUUCACCUGCCGCUCCAGGUGACUAUGUUACUGUGCUGUGCCACCAUCCUGGCAAUCAUCCAGUAUUGUAACUUCUGUCAGCUGAGUUUUUGGAUGCGCUCAGUCCUCGCCACUGCUACAGGGGUCGCUCUGCUUCUGUUGCUGUACAGUCCUUUACACAGCUCAGCAAAUGACAGCCUUCUAGUUCAUGGUAAUGGCUACUAAAUGUCACCAGUGGUGGAAAUGACUCAUUUCAAGCCUGCACAUGCCUGUGCCGGCUUGAAGCACAAGUUAAAUAUAUACAUAUAUAUAUAUAUAUAUAUACACUAUUGAGGAUAUAUAAAUGAUCUUGCACUACUAUUACUACUAGCACUACUACUCAGGGGCGCCACUAGCAGUGUGAUGCUGGUGUUACCAAGGUUGUGAGUUCAAAUCUAUAUACAGGAUGU